AAGCAAAUAAGCAAGUAUGUCAUGUAUAGGUAAUACAAAUGUAUGUCAAUAAAUACGAGAGAAAAUAGAAAAACUUAAUCACUAAUCCAGAUGUGACUUUUCUGAAAGGGCUUCUUGAGUUAGUGCUGAUGUUUUUCAGUGGGAGUUCUGUUUCCUCGUCUGAGUCCAACGAGACCUCAUUUCAGUUCCAAGUGAACAAAGCAGAGUUUUUACCAAAAUCUAUAUUCAUGGAACUAAUAUCUGCAAAGAUUUGAAAGUGAUAUGAUGACAUGAAACAAAGAUGGCUGUCUUGUGUGUUUCAUCUGUCUUUCUGAUGUCAUCCAUGCUGUUCCUGUUUCUCUCUCCUAUCAUACCGAAUGCUGAGGCUUCAUGUCCAAGAUCCUGUAACUGUCCAAACACAAGGGAGGUGCACUGCACCUUCCGUCACCUUACAUCUCCCCCUUUCAACCUGCCAAGGGACAGUGAGCGUAUUAAUCUAGGUUAUAACAGUCUCAAAGGUGUGACCGCUUCGGAUUUUGGAAAUCUUUUAAAAUUGGAAAUGCUCAUGCUCCAUGGAAAUGAUAUCAAAUUUGUGGGACCAGGAACAUUUUAUAAUUUACGCCAUUUACAGAUCUUGAAGCUGAGUUACAACAAGUUGAAGACCAUCUACCAGGGCAUGCUUGAGGGAAUGAAAGGCCUUGUUCGUCUUCAUCUAGAUCACAAUCUCAUUGAUUUCAUAGAGCCCUUUUCUUUUAAUGGACUCACAUCACUAAAACUGUUACAGCUGGAUGGGAACCAGUUAAGAGACCUACAUCCCCACACAUUUGUCACUCUUUCUUUUCUCGGACAUUUUCGGAGCUCUGGCCUUCAUCACCUCCAUAUUGCAGAUAAUAAUCUGAAAUACCUUUUGCCUGGCAUUUUGAGGCCAUUGAGCAAACUGGAGAGCCUCUCUGUACAUGAAAACCCGUGGAUAUGUGACUGCAACUUAAGAUGGCUGUUAGAGUGGAAUAAGAAGCACAUGGGUGCAAUUCAUUGCAAGAAGGAUUCUGGUGACGGUGUAAAUUGUGCCACAUGUGUCUCACCACAACUCCUGAACAACAGCCAAGUCUUCCAGCUAAAAUCUGAACAGCUUGAUUGCAAACGUCCCUCCAUAGAUUCCCCAUUGAAAACUGGAGAGAUAAGCCACUGGGAGGGUACUGAGCCAGACCUUCCAUAUAUCAAAGAUCUUGAGCCACCACUGGGCCAUCUUACAUUUACAUUGUCAGACAGUCAUGGGAAUGUAGCACAUGUCGCCUGUGAAGUAAGUCGACCAUCAGAGAGCACAUCAGUGAUAUGGGAGACCCUCAAGAACUCUGAAAUCAUAGUGAAUGUGACAUUGAUGAGCCACCUGGAGUGUGACAUUGACAGGGAUGAGCUGCACAACAUGUGGAGGCUUAUUGCAUAUUACUAUGAGAGUCCUGCUUUAUUAGAACGAGGUGCAAAACAUGAGAACACUUCCAAGAUUGUUUUUCAGUAUUCCCAAGCAGUUGAGGAGGAUUCUUCAUAUUUCACAGACCUUAAAGGACACAUAAUGGCUGAACCCUCAUGGCUGUUACAACCAAGAAUUACACUCCAGCUUAACCGACGCAAAACCACAACAAAAAAGCUUGUUUUAAACUUCAGCACAUUCCUCACAAGUCACAAAGAAACAUAUGACAAAGUUAUGUCAUCCUGGGCUGUGAUACAACGAGGAAUAGCAACACAAAUCAAGUCAGUCGUUCAGGGAUCUAAUGUGACUUUUGAGUGUAAUGUACACAGCUCAGGACAGCAACACGUGGAAUGGAUGCUCCCUGACUUGAUGCUGCUUGAAAAUGUUGAUUCAGAAAAUAUCGUAACUGAGGACAAUAAAUUACAUAUUAAGAAUACGACUGUCUCGGAUUCUGGUCUUUAUCACUGCUUAGUCAAGACUGAAAUGGAUGUGGAUACAGUGUCCUUCCGGCUAGCUGUCAGAGAACAGCCAAAGCAAAGUGAUCUAAAUGGCAAGAGGAUUUCUUUGGACAGUGGGGGUGUGCUUACACUCGACUGUUCAGUGUCAUCACCUCAUCCGAGUGAAACCAGCUGGUAUCUCCCUAAUUCCAAGAUCCUUACAACCUCACAGCCCAAGGGGAGAGUGUCUAUGCUUCAGAAUAAUACCCUAGUUCUAAAAAAUGUCAGCCAUGAUGAUACUGGAGUAUAUAGCUGCUUGGCAGUAAAUCUCUAUGGAGUUGAUAUGCUUUCACAUCUUCUUGUUGUCACAGAUGAAAGAAUGGGAAAGAGAGAACAAGUCAGCAUAAAUGAAAAUGAAUCUCCUCUGUCUGAAACUAAGACUGAACAUGAGGGAUCAGGUUAUGAAGAGACAGAGUAUCAAUUUCCAAAACAACAAAAAACCUUUGGGAAAGAAAGAUGGCCUGGGAUUUCCAGAGGUGGGAAGGGAAACCGAGGGAAGCACAGCUCCAGGAAGGUGAACAAAAUUGUACAAGAGAUGGGCUCCACGUAUAGGGCAAAGAAAGUGGAAAAAGUCAAUGCUAAAGGUCCAUCACUGCCACCAAAUACCCAGACAACAACAAUGACAUCACAAACAAAUGUCACUAGUGUAAUUACCACCAACACAUAUACAAUAGAUACAAUUAAUAGCACAGCGCUUGAACAUGAAUCAAAUCAAAAUCAAAACCUAGGUUCAACAGUUAUGAAAACUAAAAACCAUCACACAGGUUAUUCAGAGUUUCCUGGAGGAAACAAUGACACAGCAACACUUCAGUCAAAAUCUGAGAACAGGAUUGAAAUCAAGUUGAGGAACAGAUUAAGCAUAAAGUCAAAUUUAACACAAAUAAGGAGACCCCCACCUUUAAGACGCAGAAGACCACCACUGCGAAGAAUUCACCCUAACAGAUAUAUUCCUGAUUCUAAUAAGAACAUAACAACUGAGACCUCAAUAAAUGCAACAUCUUGGAGUAAAACAAAAGACAGAUAUCACAUAAAUUUAGCACCUACAGAUAGGAAUACUGAAAAAUAUCCAUUUAGAAGUGGGGAUAUAAAUUCUCCAGCAACUACAAAUCUCCUACAAUCUCAUGAGCGCACGAAAGAUGGAGUGCACACUACAAAUGCAGCUAUUAAUUAUACGACUAAAUAUGUGACAUUUUUAAAUGAGAGCAUAAGUCUAAUAUCAAAAAAUGAAUAUAAUGUUUAUUCAAAAGGGAAACAUGUAAAUGAUACAAAUAAUGAACAUGUAAAUAGUAAGAACAUAAAUAUCAAAAGAAAUAACCACAAAGAAAAUACAUUGCUUUCCACAUCAACAACUUUCUGUCCAAGAAAAAAUGAGACCACCAUUACUAUGCCUUUAUCUGCUACAACUCUGAACACUGUUGGCUUGACACGGCAGCCAUCUAGAAACUUCCAACAAUGGACCUCUUUUAUGACCAGUCGUCCAGAAAUUGUAAACUGGUCUCCAAGACCCACAACUUCCAUCCAUAACACUGUAAAUGGCCGGACCAUUGCAUCUCAUCGAACUCAUCAUUCAUCUUCAUCCAGUGACAAGGACCUGUUGCUGCUCUCCAGACUCCGCAAUCGAUACAGACAGUCACAGUUAAACUCUCUUCUCUUGAAGUUUGGGAAGCUUGUCACCCCAAAGCCACAGAUUAUCAUGCCCACUCCCAUAUCUAAGCAGACCCCUAAAGUUGACCAUCCCUACAAGCCUACAACACCUUCCCCUACCCCAGUCGCCACUUACACUAUAUACUCCACAGCUAGUGGAUUGAAGCCACAGAUUGUAUCUAUGAAUACAGUUGUGGUUUCCGCUCCACCUGAAACAGAUGUGACUCUUCCAUGCCAGGCCACUGGUAGUCCUAAACCUACGAUUUCAUGGAAGAGGGUGUCUACAGGUGCUACAAUUCAAGCAGGUAUAAAAUAUGAGGAAAGUUUAGGAAAGUUUGAAGUUUUUCAAAAUGGCACUUUUGUGGUCAGAAGUCUUCAGCCAGAGGACGAAGGACAGUAUCUGUGUUCAGCACAAAAUAUAUUUGGUGCAGCCCAUAGUGUGGUCACUCUACUUGUUGUGGCUCAGACUCCAAAAAUUGUAAAUCCACCCUCAAGAGAUUUUUCUGUGUAUCUAGGCAAGUCAAUUAACCUGCACUGCAUUGCACUGGGAAAACCCAAAGCACACAUUUCCUGGAUUCUUCCUGACAGGACCUUACUGCAAGAGGUGGGAACAAAUGCAAUAGGCUCACUUUUUGCUAACGGCACACUGAACAUUCCAUCAGUAAUUCUUUCAAAUCAAGGGUACUAUAAAUGUAUUGCCAGCAAUGCAGCUGGGGAAGAUACAAUUACCUAUAACAUCAAUAUUAUAUCUUCACUGCCAACCAUCAAUGAGGAAGCAAUUGAAAGCCUGGCAAUAUCUAUUGGAACAAGUAUCUAUGCGAACUGUACAGCAAUGGGGAGACCCCAACCAGUCAUUAAAUGGAUUCUUCCCGAUGGGACAAGCUUAAAACCCACUCAACUGCUUAAGCAACGUUUCUUUGUCUUUCCUAACGGAACACUCUACAUCAAAAGUGCCUCAGUGACCGACGGUGGAAAAUAUGAGUGCACAGCUACCAAUGCAGUGGGCUCUGUCAAGCGGUUAUUUCUGCUUGAUACAAAACAGAACUCAUACCUCCCAAAAAAGCAACAGCAACAACAACAUAAUGUUUCUGCCAUGUAUGGCUCAAAAAUAUACUUGCACUGUUCUUAUCCAGCAACAAUUUGGAGAUUGCCAUCCAAGACACUUCUCUCACAUCAUUACAGCCCUGAAAGAUUUAUCACUGCUUUCCCUAAUGGAACCCUAAGAAUCCAACAACUGACAGGAAAGCUUGCCGGCACCUACAUGUGUAUCUCUCAGAAGUCAAAUGGUGAGGAUAUACAAUACUUUCAAGUAGAGGUCUUCAUGAAGGCUCCCAAGAUCGAAAACACACAAGUCCCACAGAGAAGUGUCAUACAUGGUAAAAAACUCCAGAUGGACUGCUUAACUUCUGGUGUACCAAACCCUGAGGUAUCCUGGAGCCUUCCAGAUGGCACAGUUGCCAACUCUGCCUUUCAGUCACAUGACAACAGAAGCCAUUCACAUUAUGUCACCUUUAGCAAUGGCACACUAUUACUGAAACAGAUUAGCAAAAAGGAUGAGGGGGACUAUAUAUGUUAUGCUAAAAAUGCACUAGGGGAAGAUGAGAUGAAAGUGAGUGUCAGAGUGGAAUCUCCCAUGAUUGCCUUCAAGAACAAGGUUUCUGUGUGGGCUGAACUUGGGAAGCAAGCACAUAUGAAAUGUAAAUCUCAUGGAAAUCCUCCCAAUCCAGUGACAUGGCUUUCUCCUAGCAAAAAUGUGAUUUCAUCCACUUCCACCCGUCACCAAAUUCUUAAAGAUGGGACACUAAUUAUCCAAAAGGUCACUUUAAAUGAUGAAGGAAGGUACACUUGUUUUGCACAGAAUUCUGCCAUUAACAGCAUAGAGCUGGACGUGGAACACAGGGAGCCAUAUAUUAAUGGACACAGGGGUGCACACAGCACACAUGUUUCAGCAGUGUCUUACCAAACUACUCUAAUGGACUGUAAAAGUGAAGGCAAGCCAGAGGCACACAUUAUCUGGACAACAUCAUCUGGCUUGUCCUUGCCACUGCCAUAUGAGGGUGGUAGGUUUCAAGUACAUAAGAAUGGCAGCCUGGAGUUGCGAGGAGUUAGAAAGUCUGACGAAGGUCAGUUCAAGUGUGUUGCAAAAAAUAGCUUGGGAGAAGCUAGUCUCACAGUCACAUUAAAAGUAGAAACACUUGCUGAAAAGCCCAGCUUCUCUAAUCCGAAUAUAGAAGUUUAUCCUAUAAAGUCAGAUGGUAGUGUUAUAACUUUAGAGUGCAUUGCAACUGGUAAGCCAAGACCAAUAUUUGUAUGGAUUCUGCCAAACAAUACUCAGCUGAUUCCAGGCACGAGACUAAACAGGUUUGCACAUGUCAUAGGGAGUGGAAUCCUUCACAUUACCAGCCCUGUGACUACUGAUAAAGGCAUUUACCGUUGCCUGGCAAAAAAUGUGGCAGGGCAAGCUGAGAAACGAUAUGAACUACAAACGGGAAAAAAACCUUAUAUUCGAGGAAAUGGAGGUCCCUUAAAGAUUACAUUUGGGCAGACCCUGAACAUGCCAUGUACUGUUGAAGGUUGGCCAGAGGCCUCAGUGUCUUGGACACUUCCAAAUGGUCUAACUCUGGUCAAGCCACAGAUCACUGGCAGAGUAUUAUUUCUGGAAAACAAUACACUGCAGGUUAAAGACACAGCCACAUUUGACAGAGGAGUUUACACAUGCAAAGCUACUAAUACUUAUGGAUCAUCUUUCUUGUCCUACCCGGUCACAGUCAUGGUAUACCCUCCCCAAAUUACAACUGCACCCCCUUCUGUUAUAAGAGUUCACAGGGGGUCAUCUGUGUCACUAAACUGCAUUGCCAUUGGUAUUCCCAAGCCUGACAUCUCUUGGACUUUGCCCGGACGCACAACACUUGUGCCCAACAGUCGUUUCAUAGCACAAGGCGGAAUUCAUAUGACGGGGGAAGGUAGCCUGGUCAUUCAAAACCCAGGCCUGAUGGACUCUGGAAUUUAUAAAUGUAAUGCAAAAAAUGUACUUGGAACAGAUUUUAAAGCAACAUACCUUCAAGUGGUCUAAGCCAGCAGUAAAGUAGAGUUGUGAACAUAUUGCUUGUGGAUAAAGAAUAUAUUGUGACUGUUUUAAUUGAAAUAAGUGGGUAAAAGCCUCAAGACUCCAAAACACAAUAUUUUCAUGUUUGUAGCAUAGUUGAAUUAAGUUAGAUCCUUGACAUUUUAUCCUUGACAUUUUUUUUCCUUGACAUCCCAAUCCCAAUCUUCACCUCCUCUGUGACCUUCCCUAUGUUAAAUAAGAAUAGCUACUGGUCAGGGGCGCUGUGGAGAAACUGGCUGCAGCGCCUGUGCCACUCUUCAACCCGGCCAUUUCCCGAUAUUCCCAAAAAAUAAUAAAGAAUAGCUACCAGUGUCUAGCAUACUAUUCCUAUACCCAAAUUGAAUCAUGUUACAUGCUACUUAUACUCUCACUGUCUAUUGAUGCUUGUGGUAACACCAUAUAUGUUAUUAUUAAUGCUACGUAACAUACGAUGGUAAUCUGGUAAUAUUAAAAAGCUCACAAAAUGAA